AUGUCAUCGAGAAAGAAGGUCCUUCUUAAGGUCAUCAUCCUCGGCGACAGCGGUGUCGGCAAGACGAGUUUGAUGAAUCAAUAUGUCAACAAGAAAUUCAGUGCAAGCUACAAGGCCACGAUCGGCGCCGACUUUCUGACCCGCGAGGUCCUGGUCGACGACCGACAAGUGACAAUGCAGCUUUGGGACACGGCGGGACAGGAGCGUUUCCAGUCGCUAGGCGUCGCCUUCUACCGUGGGGCUGACUGCUGCGUGCUCGUCUACGAUGUCAACAACUCCAAGAGCUUUGAUGCCUUGGACAGUUGGAGGGACGAGUUUCUUAUCCAGGCCUCCCCCAGGGAUCCUGACAACUUCCCAUUCGUCGUUCUUGGAAACAAGAUCGAUGUUGAGGAGAGCAAGAGAGUGAUUUCGACCAAGCGUGCGAUGACGUUCUGCCAGUCCAAGGGUGGAAUUCCCUACUUCGAGACUAGUGCGAAGGAAGCCAUCAACGUCGAGCAGGCAUUUGAAGUCAUUGCGCGCAACGCCCUUGCUCAGGAAGAGUCGGAAGAGUUCAGCGGGGACUACCAGGACGUUAUCAACAUCCCCAUCGAAAACCCCCGCGACGGCUGCGCUUGCUAA